CCUACAAGAACACUCCGGAACAAGACUGAUAACACUGAUUUCCUACUCGUACAAGAAAUCAAAUCAAAAUCAUCCUAAACUACAAAUCCUUCUCCCACGUUUGCUACACUUUUUCCUUAUUUUCUGGUAAUCCGAAACAAGACUGAUAGCACUAUGCGCCUAACACCGCAGUCCCAAACUUUGAGCAACGAAAGCUUUCAGUCUUUCACACAAUGUUAGAGAGAAAGAGACAGCGUGGAUCGUUCGGGGAAGCCAAAGAAGUAAAAGGAAAAGUAGGGGAGACAAAUCUUCAAGGAAAAAAAUUGAACAUGGUUAGAAGGAAAGAUUCAUUUUGGGAGUAUGCGGAGGAAUUGGAAAAUGGUUUUAUUUGUAAGUUUUGUGAAAAAGGUUUUGAUGGGGGUAUUUCAGCAAUUAAAUCACAUUUGUCUGGGGUUGUUGACCGUGAAGCAAUCCAGUUAGAAGCAAAACAAGCACUACUAGUGAUUGACACCCCCACUAAGGGAUCUAAAAAUGUGCCAGCGUCAAGUAAUGUUCUAGAGUGUGAAAGUUUUUCAAGUUCCUCAUCAUCACAUAUGCCAAAUCUAUGUAAGGGGCAAGAUAUGAGUGUUUCAAGAACUAAAUCAUAUUUGUCUGGGGUUAGUGACAUUGAGAUUCAAAUUUGUCUACAAGUACCUGAAGCCGUUCAGUUAGAAGCAAAACAAGCAAUUGACAAUCCCACUAAGAGAGCUAAAAAUGUGGCAGCGUCAAGUAAUGUUCUAGAGUGUGAAAGUGUUUCAAGUUCCUCAUCGUUACAUAUGCGAAAUCUUUGUAUGGGACAAGAUAUGAGUAUGGUGGAUAAACAACUUGCUAAGUUCAUCAUGUCAUCGGGAAUUUGUUUGGAUGCCAUCCAAUCACCCCGUUUCAAGGACUUUGUGAAUGGCGUUGCUGAACAUGGUCCUAGUUAUGAAUUACCAAGUUCUCUAAUUCUCAAAUCCCGCUUGAUUCCAAAUAUCAAGAAAGAAGUUGAGGAAUAUGUUAGCAAUGUCAUAAAUAUUCAGUUAAAACAAGUUGUACCUUGACGUACAAUAUAUGGACUAGGAAAUCGUCCAAUACGCCAAUUUUCAUCUUCGUGGGUAUCUUUGCAUGUACACCAAUAGGAGUGGCAUGCAUGGAUCCACCCGAUAGAAUGCCCCAAGACAUUUGUUAUUUUGAAGAAACUGUGUCUUCCAUCAUGGAGUUAAUUGGGCCUACAGAUGUUGUACAACUUAUCAUUAAUAAUGAUAAUUAUGGUUGCAGUGGAAGAGAAGGAAGCUUUCAUGAACCAAGUACAACUGUACCGCAUCAAAGACUCAAACCUGUUCACAGUUGAAGCCAGGAUGAUGCUAGAAACAUCCCAUCCUCGUGAGUUCAGUAAACUCUGUUUCUUUAUUUGGUAAAAACUUAUAUAUUUAUGUUAUUCUUUUGAAUUGUGCAGGAAUAUGGUGGGAAUCUUGCGGCAAUCAUCUCCCUGUAUUACAAAAAUAUGCCAUUCGGAUCUUGAGUCAACCUUGUAGUUCUUCAUUAUGCAAGCGAUAUGAGAUGCAGCAGAGUUACUUGGAUGAUAAUGCAUUUAGCUUGAAUACAUUGAUGAUGGAAAGGUAUAAAUCCGUAGAAACACAAAUGACAAAGCCAAUCAUUCUUGACAAACUUGGUGAAGUUUCUGAUGAUGAUUGGGAUGAUUGGGAUGGAGAUUAUGAAGAGUCAUUUAAUGAUUUGACUAAAUGUUUUGACGAUGACAUAAUAAAGGAUCCAACUGGUUCGUGGUUGGAUAGGUGGCCCAGGAAUGGAAUGGAAUCACCAAAAUAAAUAUAUAUAUCCUUUAUGUUUGUGGGAAUCAGUCGUUUCAUGAUUUGCUAGUUUUGCAUUUUCUAUUAUGUUUUGUAUAGCUUAUAAUUUACUAGGUUUGUUGUGAGUGUGUUUUUUGGCACUGCAAAUACAGUUGAAAGUUUUUCAACAUUAACAAACUGUCUUAUGUUUUCUUAGCAUAGUUUUGUAAGUUGAUGCUCUUUAUGAAAACAAGAUUAUUUGAAUUUGUGACGCAGCUAUAUCUAUUUUGAAGUGUCCAAGUUGAGU